GGACUCUAGGGAGCUGGGGAUAAAACCCUAAUUCCUUCUGGUCAGGGAUUUUUAUGCUGUUUGGAUUCUAAAGGACAAAGAUUCCUUAACGUAAGAAAGAGAUCCCCAAGGUGCUUGGCUUAGAGCACUACACAGAACAAGAGCCCUCUGCUUAGGGUGUUCCUGCUCUUAGUUCAAGAGGUAGAAGCUUGCGCUUUGGGUGGUGAAGGUCUGAAGUUCAAUCAUGGAGACUAACAGUGGUGGCCUUAUGUUAAGUGCUGUAAUUGCUACAGGGAUGUUGUGUGAUUGGGAAUGGUCUGUGUUAUCACAAACAGAAAGGGGAGUGUGGUCUGCAUGAUCAUAACUGUGAAGCUUGUUCAGCAGAUAAACACAUAGCAGCUGCUUUCGCCCAACCAGCAUGGACAGUCUGGAUUUAGUCAUCCAACAGAGAAAGUAUCUUGAUUUCACCUCUCCACAAUCCAUCAUUGAACUCAGGGAGGUUACACCACUACUAUUUGGACUUGCAAAUCACAUCUCUGCGGAGACCAAACUGCAUGCCAACUAUAGGAGGCAUCAGCUGAGUGAGGAAGUGGAGCAUGUAGCUGAGCAUCCAGAGCCAGUGGAGGAGGGAGAAAUGGAUGACGAUCAGGAGGAUACCAGCUCCGCUAUUUUACCAGCUGUGUUCCUUGUCUACCAAACUAUCACUGACUUCAGGGAAAAGCUCAAACACCCAGUGAUGUCUGUCUCUUACAAGGAGGUGCCCUUGUACGAUGCACCUGGUAUUGCACUUUACCCAGGCAAGGCUCAGCUGCUUAGCUGCAAGCAUCAUUACUAUGAUCACAUUCCGCCUCUGAUAAACCCAGGUCAGCCAGGAGAAAUUGAGUGCACCACUCAGAGAAUCAACUACACAGAUCCUUUUACUAAUCAAACCAUGAAACAUGCUUUGAUUGUCCAAGGACCUCGAGAUGUGAAGAAAAGGGAACUGGUGUUUCUGCAGUUCCAUUUAAAUGAAACAGACCAGGAUUUCAGUGCAAUAAACUAUCUUCUGUUCUCUUCUUUCCAGGAGUUCCUCAACAGUCCAGAUAAAACAGAAUUCAUGAAAGACUGCGAAAGCUCAUACUCCAGCUGGAAGUUCUCUGGUGGUUUUCGAACCUGGGUCAAAAUGUCUUUGGUGAAAACAAAAGAAGAAGAUGGGCGUGAGACUGUGGAGUUCAAACAGGAGACUAGUGUGGUUAACUACAUUGACCAGAGGCAUAAGCCGGCAAGUGACCAGUUGUUUUUUGUGGUAUUUGAAUGGAAAGAUCCUUUUAUACAAAAAGUUCAAGAUAUUGUCACUGCCAAUCCUUGGAACAUGAUUGCUCUACUAUGUGGUAUUUUCUUGGCUCUGUUUAAAGCAGCAGACUUUGCCAAACUAAGCGUUAAGUGGAUGAUCAAAAUCCGCAAGAGGCACCUGAAGAGGAGAAGUCAAGCAAUGAACCACAUAAGCUGAGGACUAAACUACCUUUAGAACAUUUUUAGUACACUGGAUAAAAUUUCAACCAACAAUGCAGCAGUUACAUAAACUAAAGCGGGUUGUGUGUUUAAGGAGAACUACUUACCUUUGCUGGAGUGACAGCAUAAAGGAACUGACACGAACCUUAAGAGGCUAACUCUGAAGAAUAAGACUACUAAACACGUCUUUUUUAAAAUGUAAGUUAUGAACAUCUUUACCAAGCUUGUGUCAAUUUAUUGGGGGUGGAAUAGAAUUUAUAAAGUAAUGUUCAAAAGGUCAGCUUAGAACAGAAUACAGACAUGUUUGUAUUUAUUUGGCGUCUAGACAGUAGUUUUUAAGCUUUUCUUCAUGAGCUAAAUGGACUGCCCCUGCUACCAUAAGAGUGCCCCGAACCAGUAAAAUGACUUGUCAUCCUCAGUCUGAUCUUCCCAGGCAUAGUUAUUAUCUAUGAACAGUAAGGAGCAAAGCACUUACAAAAUCAAUGUAAAAAUGGGUCAAAAGGUUUAAUCUCUUAAAUCUCCAACCUAUUACCUAGAACAUAGAAUACCUGGGAUUUUUAUCAAACAUUUCACAUUUGGUUAAAAUGCACUGACUGUGUAUUAAAGCUACUUUAAAAGCAA